AUGGCUAGUUUUGGUGAAUGGUUCUAUGAAAAAGUUAUGUUCUUUUUAAUCAGUAAGGAUACAAAUACUACAAAUCUUCCAAACAGAUUUAGAACGAGUGAAAUGCUAGAUAAAGUCGAACAAUGGAUUAAUGAAUUGCAAAUAGCAGCUGAACAUCCUAAUGAAGUUUUUGUAGAAGAAAUGUUAUUAGCUCAUGAAACUUUAUCUACAGAUGAGUUUAAUGAUUUAAUAAAUAGAAUUGAACAUGGAUUGGUAAAAGCAUUAGAGGCAUUUAAACGGCCCUGA